UCGGAGAGGGGCGGCUCUGUGUCAGGUGACCGAAAUUCGCGUAGGAGGGAUCAGAGGUCCCGGCCGACCCACUGACUGGGCGGACUGACCCGCGGAGCAGCCGACUGACGGAGAGCCUGGGGCAGCCUCGGCGGCGUUAGCUGAGCAGCGGCAGACUCUGGAGCUUCAACUUGGCCUUGCUCUUCAUUGUGACCAGCCCCUCUCCCUGGCCAUGAAUGUAGUUGGUACUGGAUCUCUGUUGGUUGAAUGCAUAAAUAGAUGAGUAGUGAGUUUGCUUUGCACUCACUCCAAAGAACACAAAAGUUACAGCAUUGCACAAAGAAUUUGAGGGAAGACAAAGACCAGGUCGCUGUGUUACGUCAUAAGACCACCUUAGCACCCCUGUAGGAGGCAUGACAACGUGACUUUUCAGGAUUUUUCCUGGGGAGAACCUUCACUCAAGAGUUUGCUGACAGCCAAGGAUGGCGAGCAAGGGGCCAUCGGCCUCUGCGUCCCCUGAAAACUCCAGUGCAGGAGGGCCCAGCGGCAGCAGCAAUGGUGCUGGCGAGAGUGGAGGGCAAGACAGCACCUUUGAGUGCAACAUCUGUCUGGACACAGCCAAGGACGCCGUCAUCAGCCUGUGCGGCCACCUCUUCUGUUGGCCGUGUUUACAUCAGUGGUUGGAGACCAGACCUAACAGACAGGUGUGUCCAGUUUGCAAAGCCGGGAUCAGCCGGGAUAAGGUCAUCCCACUCUAUGGCAGGGGCAGCACUGGGCAGCAGGACCCCAGAGAGAAGACCCCUCCCCGUCCUCAAGGACAGAGGCCAGAGCCGGAAAACAGAGGGGGAUUUCAAGGAUUUGGAUUUGGAGAUGGCGGCUUCCAGAUGUCUUUCGGAAUUGGGGCAUUUCCGUUUGGGAUAUUUGCCACAGCAUUUAAUAUAAACGAUGGGCGGCCUCCUCCAGCUGUCCCCGGAACGCCCCAGUACGUGGACGAGCAGUUCCUGUCACGCCUCUUCCUGUUUGUGGCCCUGGUGAUCAUGUUCUGGCUGUUAAUUGCCUAAUACUGGGCUCCCGGCCUACAUCCAUGGCAGGACCUCUGGACUGGUGACACCCCACUCUUGAUGUUUGGUUUCCUGGCUAAUCCUGACCCAUGGAAUCAGUGGGAUCAAUAACACAUCAUGGAGUCUUGCUUCUCCAUCUGAGCUUUGGGGCUCAAGACCAGCUGUCUAGGACCCUGGAAUAUGGCCACUGCCAUAAACACCUUGCUAUAACCUUAGGCCCUGGCGUUGAGUCAUCUUAUGGUUACACCAUGAAAUCCUAUUCCAGCCAGCUCAGCAGAUCCUGACUCUGCACAGAGAAGCGGCAGGAAGAGAGAAACUUUCAGUACAAUUUCACCUGAGUUUAAUCUUAUAAAAACUAAGGGAUGAACCAAAUGGGACUUAUGGAAACUUUCUUUCAUCUUUAAAUACCCCUUGGUAAGUAGCCUCCAAAGUCAUUGGGGCUCCUCAUGCAGAGAGGUUCCCCUUCCAGAUCCCAGUGCUGCUCUGUCCUAGUUCUUCUCGUUUCUCCUCCCCCUACCCCUUCUCCUCAGCAAAGAUGCGAGAAAUUGCUGUCCUAUAAAGAUGAUGAUUGCAGCAGCUGAAGCUGGAGUCGCUUCAUGAAUUCAUCAGAGACCCAAAGAUCUUUUAUUGGCUCUGGGCUAUACUCAGUUAUACUUCGGCCCCAGAGAGUGGCUUGAAUGACCUCCUUGUUUCCUGGCAUAGAUGAUCUCUGGAGACAUGUGGCUUCACUCACAGAUUUCCCAUCAGUUUUCCCCUCCAAACUAUGGACAUUUGCCUCUCUGCCAGAGGGCACACAGCCUAGACUACUGCUGAAGCCAGGACUGAUUGUGGUGCAUUAGGAAAGACCUGCAUCCGGGACUCUGGUAGGAUUCAGAGCUCUGAUGCAGGCGCAACCACAUAAGCAUCUCUGGCCCCAAGGAUGCAGAAGCUCCGCGUACAUCUUCCCCAAGACCCGCCAAAAGGAACCUGGGGGCUUUGUCAAGGCAGCCCAGGUGCAUGUUGAAGACCACCGUCCUCAGAAGCCAAACUGUCCUCCAUGAAGAGGCAGGGAAGGGGGGAGACCAAAAUUUUGAUGUGGCCUGAUGGGCUCCCCUGAAAACUCCUUGUAUGUGUGCUAAAACCAGGGAAGCAUGUGACUCCAGAGCAGGCGACCCCUGAUGUUUUGUAAAGCCGGGCAGUGGGCCUGGGAGCCUCAGCGCAGUGAUAUGAUGUGGUCUUCCUGUGGAAAUCAUUCUUACCAAGCCCUUGAUUUGUUUUUUGACUUCACAAGCUUUUUCCUCCAAAUCUUAUUGAGGGAGUGUGGUGCCAGGCAGGAAGAUAGUUCACUUGGUGGAAUGGCUCUCACUCUGCCUGUCAGGCCUCUUCCUAGAAAUCCAGCCUCUCCCAAGAGACCCCGAGAGUGGGAAGAGAUGAACUUCCUAUGGGGCCUCAUUUCGCUAGUCCACACUGUUUCUGGCUCACCCUCAGCAAUAAGCCAACAAGUGGUAGAAAGCCCCACCUAGCAUUUUUUUCCUGAUACGGCUCUGCAUAGCGUGUGGAAACCAUGACCUUGUUGUCCAAGAUGAGGGAAGCCCCUCUCCAUUACCCCCCAUUUUUUUCCCCUUGUACCCGUCAAUGCCAGAGAGUUCAGUGUUUAAACAGACAAAAUGUAAGUAUUGAAUAGGUGGUUCGUUUGCCGAAUCGAUUUGGUAGGAAUAAACCACCAGCUUUACAAUAUGCCUGAUAAGAUUUUAAACAUUCUUGGAGGCACCCAUUCAAGAGUGCUGUUUUUAUCACCUGGAAAUCCUCAAAGUUGGAGGGGGUCCCUGGAGUUUGUCAGCUAGAGGAUUGGUGGGAUCCCUCAGUGCAGUGGCUCCACCUAGUGGUGGGAGAGAAGACUUCAGUCAGAUAGGCCCAACAGAAAUGGGUUUCCAGAAGAUUAAAGGAGGGUUGCAGGUAGGAAGACAGAUCACUUGGACUCUAAAACGGAGUGAGCCCAGGAGAGCUCCCCCAGCAAAGGAGUCCCAGGAAGCUGUUAGCAAAGCCAUGUUGGCCAUGUGCCCGUUGAUUUUGAACCUUACAAGUCUCGACUCACCCUCUGCCAGGAGCUGGGGCAGGAGAACCAACUUGGGAUUGCUCACCCAGACUUGAUAGGGAGCCCCCUUCCCACUAGCCCUCUGCAGGCUCACCACCUCUCCCCUUGGCCAAGGCAGUUUUCCUUUCUUUUGUGUGUGUUUUUUAUGUUCUUGGCCUCCGCUCCCCUCCUACCACUUUUGUGGAUUAGGACCAGGUCCCAACCACAGUCAGAAAAUGUCACCAUGUACAGUGGCACUACCUUAACCAGUCACUAAUUUUCACUGUUGUGAAAGUGAUUUGAUUUAGAAUUAAAUGGUUUUACAUUACUAUGA